AUGAUUAAUUUAAAGACAAUUCUUUCUGUUGUAGAUAAUUCUGGUGCACAGUUAGCAGAAUGUAUUAAUGUUCUAAAAUCAGGAAAAUAUGCAAAAAUAGGUUGUGAUGAAAUUGUUGUUGUUAUUCAAAAAGCACGGUCAUCCGGUUUAUCUGCAGGUUCUCAGAAUAUAAAUAAAGUUCAAAGAGGAGAUAUCAAGCAUGCUUUAGUGGUUCGAACAAAAAAAGAGACACGCAGAAAGGAUGGGAAAUAUAUUCGGUUUGAUGAUAAUGCAUGUAUUUUAAUUAAUAAGAAAGAGCCUAUUGGCACACGUAUUCUUGGAAUUGUUUCUGCAGAAUUAAAGUAUAAAGGAUGGAAUAAAGUCAUUUCCUUAGCACAAAAAGUUGUUUAA